ACUAUCACACAGAGAGCAACUGCAGCACUCCCUUCGUCAGCGCACCAUCAAGCCCCAAAUUCUCCUCCGCCACCGCCGCCGACGACCGCUACAACUACUACUACUCCUACACCAGCGCCCCCACUAGCCCCGCCCGCGCCCUCGCCAUCUACGACCACUUCAACUCCCUCCCCUCCUCCUCCUCCGCCGCCGCCGCCGCCGCCACCACCACCACCACCACCACCAACAACAACAAAAACAACUCCCUUUCCGAUGACGACUUCGCCUUCGACUUCAGCGGAAAACCUUGAGAAACAAGGUCACCAAUCAUCCCUCACCGCCGCCGAUGAACUCUUCGAUUCCGGCAUCAUUCGCCCUUUGAACCCAAUCCCUAAACACCAAAUCAAGGAAUCAACGCGAGAUCGAGGCAGAGAAAGACCUAAUUCCUUCUCCCCUUCCAUCUCUCACCCCCACUCACGAAGCCGGAAGGGAUCCAGAUCUCUUUCCCCAUUGAGAAGAGGAACCAUCGACGAUGCUCCCGAUUGUCUCCUCGCUGACAAAUCCCCCACCUCACCGGCUCCCUCUGCCGCCAAAGGCACCGGCGGGAGCCGGAAAUGGAGACUCAGAGACCUUCUUCUCUUCCGUAGCGCGUCGGAGGGACGAGCCACCGGGAACCAGAGCAAAGAUCCAUUGAGGAAGUACACUCUGUUGACUUCGUCGCCGACGAGAGGAUUGGGAGGUGAGGACCCGAAAAACUCAAGCUUCAGGUCAACGGCUAGCAAUGGCGCCCGGCCGCCGGCGAGAUCAGCCCAUGAGAAGCACUACACGGCGAACCGCGCGGCGGCGGAGGAGCUUAAGAAGAAGACGGCGUUGCCUUACCGGCAAGGACUGUUUGGAUGCCUGCGAUUCAAUCCGGCCGUUAAUAGUAUUGCACGUGGGUUUAGUAAUCAGUCUUUCAAUCACCGACGGUGAUGAUAUCCACGUUCAAUUCUUACCAUUUUUUUUCCCUUUUUUUUAAUUAAUAAGUUUAAUUAUGUAUUUCAUUUAAUGUUUUUUUUUAAUUAUUUUUUUGAGUUGGGUGAGAAUUUAAUUUGAGAAUGUGGAGAAUGGAAGGAGUUUUUUUUCUCCAAAGAUUUU